AUGCUGUGUUCAACUUGCCCGAGCGACCGGUCCACCCUGCGAACAGCUGCUAGAUCUUCGACAGAGUGCCUUUGCCGAGCAGGCCUCGCCCAAGAUGGGGAAACCGGGGAAAUCUGCGUGGAUUGCCCGGGAGGUUUCUACUGCAAUGGCACAGGCGUUGCGCUGCAAUGUCUGGAGGGUGCUACCUCAAGCACAAGGUCAACGUCUCUUGAGGACUGCCUCUGCGGCCCAGGCUUAUUCAAAAAUCAGAUCACGUGCGAUCCUUGCCCACAAGGAAAGUACAAGCAAGACAGUGGCAACGCAGCAUUCUGCAUCGGCCAGUGUCCAUCAAACAGCCUUAGCAAGGAGGGAUCCAGAAGCCUAGCAGACUGCUCAUGUACAGAAGGCUAUUAUGCAGAGCUUGAUUCCGAAGGCAGGCUUUCCAGAUGUGCCAGUUGCGCCGGCCUGACUCAUUUCCGAUGCGAUGGUGGCUUCCGCGAAGAGAACGGGACAGACUUCCACAUACUUCCCCUCGCCCGAGCUGGCUUCUACCAGACGGGCAUCUUGACAGCCUAUAAAUGCACUGUUGUUGCUGAGGAUGGCUUGAGUGCAUGUCUCGGUGGAGUAACGUGCUCAGACAAUGACAAGCACGGCGAGUCCAACAGCCUUGAGCACUGCAUGGAGGGUGCCGUGGGGAAUCUUUGCGCGCCUGGAUCUACAGGCAUGCUGUGUGGCGAGUGCCCUGUUGGUUGGAGCAGGCACAACCUGCAACAGCCCUGCCUGCCCUGCGCCGGGGCCACGCUCUCGAUGACUUCAUCCAUUGUGGCAGAUGUAUCACUGAAGGCCAUGAUCAGCUUCAUUGUGGCCUCCAUGGCAGCCACCGCUGCCAUACGGGGCAGUGGCAAGCUCCAUACCAGUAUGCUACGGAUGGCCAACCAGUGGGUCGCCGCCUGCUCUGUCCUUUUGGUCUUUGACUUAGAUGGCGUGCGGUCUCUUCUUUCAGCCGGGGAGCCGAGCCAGGUCCGCUGUCAUCCUUCCUCCAUUACGCGUAUUGUAGAACUGUAG